UAUUAUAGUUACAUAAUUAUUGUGAAUUUAAUUUUUACGAUUAUUUUAACAAAAUAUUUAACCUAGUAUCGAUAGUUAUUUUUUUGUUUCUUUGUAAGAGGUUUUUCUUGGGAAAAUAUUCUAGUAUUAUAGUUUUUGCUUAUAUUUCCUGAUAACAGUUAUGUGAAAACGUUUUCAGCAAAAAUUACUAUAACCUACAACUGUAUCACUAAUAGUAAAACAAAUUACUUUAAUAGUAUAAUCCGUAUAUGAAUACAAUACUUAUAACAUUUCAAAUAAUACUGAUAUUUUAUUCUGUUAUGUUGGUGUACAAGUAGGCGGUUAAUAAUAAAAAACCAUAACUUUAGAUCAAUUACUCGGCAUCUAUUAUUUAUAUGUUAUGCAUAGUGUGUUGCGCCAUUUGUUCAUAGAUAACGAAAAGCGUGAAGCUUGUGUAUUGUGUGUACCUUUCUAUUUAAUUUCUACAUAUUGCACACUAUUAUAAUUCUAUAUUAGUUAAAAUUGUUUAUAAUUUGAUAUUUGAUUUCUUAAGUUUAAACCUUUAUACCGAUAUCAAUUAUGGAAUUAUUGUAAGUAUUAAUUAUUAUUUAACCACUUAAAUUGACAAUACUUAAAUUAUAAAAAUCAUUAUUUAAGAGCUAAGUACACAAUUUAUGAAAACAUUGAUUGUGCCCCAAUAGUAAAUAAUAAAUAACAUUCUUAAUACUAAAUGACUGAUUAUUGGUUGCGCAAACACAAGAAGUUUGGUUUUUAAUUUGUAUAAAAAUAAAGUGAGUAGAUAAAAAGAUAAAGUUUGAAAAAAGAUUCAAUUGUACACACUGAUUUUAUGUAAUUCUUUUUACUAUACUCUAUUUAAAAUUCUUUGAAUAUUUAUUUUCCUAAGGUAUUAAUUAUAACUAAUAAUUAAUUUUGUAUAAAAAGCUACAAUAUGUGCAGAUACAUUUACAGUAAAAAAUAUUGAAGUUAAAUGAUUGUUUUAGGUAGAUAUGUUCGUAAAAGUAAUCAUUUAAAAUUUUUAUUACCUAUAUUUAAAAUGCUGAGAACUAUUUCAAAUAAUUUAUAGUUAAAAAACCAAAAGAAAGUUGUGUAUAAAUUUCUAUAAUAAUAUAUUAAUUAAAGACAAUUAAAAUAUUGAAUUAUUAACAUAUUCAAUAAGUUUUGUUUUUAUGUUAACUUGUCUUCAAAACCUUGAUAUACUUUGAAAUUCUAAAUGUCAAAAUAAAAAUACUGAAGGUGUACCUAUUUAAAUGUUGGUUAUUAUAAGCCAUGAUAUAAAUUAAAAUAAAAUAUUUACUGGUGAGUAUCAGCAUAAACCUAUAUUUACGAUAUGUGAAUAUCGGAUAUUAGUUAUAUUUUUAUACCUAUAUUGAACCCAAUAUUUUCAUAACAGUGUUUUAAUUUAUUAAUACAAAUCAAAAGAAUAAUUGCAAGCAAUAAAAGUUUAAAAAAGUAACAUUAACAAUAUUGGUAAAUAUCAGAUAUGUGUUUAAUAAAUCAAAUAAUUUCAAUAUCUGCUCACAGUUUUUGAUUUCAAAUAUCAGAUUGGUUAUCAGUUUUAUAUUUAUAGCAAAUAUUUCAAUACUUGAUAUCAAUAUCUGAAAACAGUCAUAUCGGCUCACUACUAGAAAUAUUAUUUCUCUAUUUGCGGUAUCUCAAGAAGAUUCGACAAACAAAAUAACUUUAGUUCUGUACAAUAUUUAAACAUUUUAUUAUUUUUUGAUAAGUUGUUACUAAAGCCUUGCAAUAUGAUUCCUAUAUUUUAUAUUUUUGUUUAAACUAUAAAAAAAAUAAUUUCUAUUACAAAAUCUAAUAUACCUAUCUAUUUUAUAAAUACAUUUAUAUAAUAAAUUGUUAAGUUUUUAAAUUCGUUGAAGUUUACAAAAAUCAUGAACAAAAUUAUUUUUCAUAGAAAAAUUGGUAAAUCAAUUUAUAUUACCUAUAUAGUGGUGGCAGUGAAAACAAUUCAAAUUAUUUUGAAUUUAAACAAAUUUAAAAACUAAACAAUUUAUUAUAUAAAUGGCUAGUUAUCCUUAGAUUUUUUUAAAAACAAUUUUUUAUUUUUAGUUUUAACAAGAAAUAAAAGAGUGGAAUUAUUGCAUAACCAUUUUGCUUUUGUCAAAUAUUUGUGAAAUACUACAUAAUAUCAUGCACCUAUUUAUUUAACAUUAUAUUAUUUAUUAUAGAAAUACUUUGUCCAUGAACUCUAAAGUUGUACAUUGCACAUUUAAUAUAUCUCAUACGAUGCCACUCAAAACAUUGGGGCUGCACUUGAUAAAAUGUCCUGAUAGACCAAAACAUUAUAAGAAUUGUUUUUUUAAUAAUUUGCAUGUGGUGCCAGAAUCUGAGUUAGAAGUAUGAGAUCAAUCAAUAUUAUCUUUUUGAAUUGUAUAAUAUUAUUUAUAAUCUUAUAUUUUAGGAACACCAGGAAAAUUGCCCGAAUAAAUAUCUAUUGGAUGAGUAUUUUUUUCAAUCUGAAGAUGUCGUACGUCCAAACAUUCCUAUAACUGCUGAACCCCCUCCUAGAGGAGAUGAAGAGGAAUCAUGGGAUAAUGUAUGCAUUAAUAAUAAAUUGAAUAAUAAAUACAAUAUGCUUAAAUUAUUUUAUAACUAAUGAAUUAGCCAUUUCUAAAAUUUACAUUUUACAUUAGGUAUAAAUUGAUAUUAAGCAUAUAUUUUAAAUACACUAAAUGUUGAUAUUUCAUUUAAUUUAUAGCUAGAAGAAAAUAAAAUUGAUGUGAUAAAAGAAAUAAACCAAACUCCGAAUUUUAUGAAACCUGUAUUUGGUCUUACUAAGGCUCAGCGUAAAAAAUACCGUAAACAAGCACAUCAGAAUGUUGAUUUAUCUUUUAAUCAACAUGUGACUGUAAAUGAAGUAAGUAUACACAUUCAAAUAUUAUGCUAACAUUUUGAUUAUCCAAAUAUUUUAAUCUCUUAUUUAGUAUAGAUAGGGGUUAGUAGUUAAUCAAAAUAUGGUCAAUUGCUAAAUAAAUGUAUCUACCUAAAUAUAUUAUGAAUUAAAUUAUUUAUGUUAUUCAAUUUUUAAUUUUUUUUUUUUUUUUUUUUUGAGAAUAUUAAAUAUUAGAAUAUUUUAUAAUUGUAUACCUACUUAAAGUUAAAAAGUUAAAGUUAAUGGAUAAUGUAUAAUUUAAUAUAUCUACACAUUUUUGGAAUUUAUUCUAUGUUCAUAUGAAAUUCAGUUCAUAAUAGAAAGUUCUAGUAGAAUGAACUUUAGAAUUAAGAAUAUAAUUAUUUCCAAAUAUUUUUUUUUAAUCAACUGAUUUGAAUUUUAAGAUUAAUUAAUAAGUCAAACAUUGCAAUUGACCAAAAUUUGACUGGUCAAUAGCCCAACUCUAGUUUGGAUUUUUUAUUAUUUUUUAACUAACUUUUAAAUUAUUGUUUUAGAGAUUAACUAGAGAAACUUCAGACGGUGGCUCAAAAGUAUGUACUACUUAAAACUACAUUAUAUUUAUGUAUAUUAAUAGAAAGUAACUAUUAAAAAUGAAACACCAUAUUUCAGAAAUUCACUUAUUCAUUUUUAUUUCAAAGUUAAAUUGUGCUUAUUAUAAUUUUUUUUUUGAUUUUCUUUAAAUUUGAAUACAAAAAUAAUAUCUGAAAUCUCUGAGCUGUUUGUAGCCAUAACUAAAUAAAUAAUUAGCUAUAGACUAUAAUUAAUUUUAAGAAGGUGUUCAGUAAAAUAUUGAAAGAGAUAUUUUUUAUAUAAUUACAUACUCUUGUAUUCUAAUAAAAUAAAUUUACAUAAUCUUUACUUGAGUCUUCCUCAUAAUAUUUAUGUAUACCUUAGUUGUCCUUAUAUACUCUCAAUUCUAUCGUUCUUUUCAUCUUCCUUUUCCCUUUCUAUCUAUAUUUAAUAUCCAUAAGUAAAACUACUUUCUCUUCUCAUCAUAUGAACUUCAGUGUUAUCAUCUCUCUAUUGCUUCUAAUAUUUUGACGACUUCCUUAGAUUAUCUUACAUUUGUAAAAUUUACUGUUCAAGCUCAUUUGGAAUUUUAUUAUUAUUGGGUUACAUUACAUUGCGGUUGUUUUGGUGUGAAUAUUUCUUUUGGGCGUAGGUUAUUGGUUGGAAUGUAGUAUACAUAAAGUUGAUUAAUUUAUAUCUGUACUGAACGAUGAACAAUUCUGACCAAAGUUCAGUUAUACAUGUUUUGAAAUAGCGUAGCUUUUACAAUUUUCAUUAACAUUUUAUCUUAAAAUAGUUAUUAAACUAUUAUAAUGCUCAAAUUUUUUGGGUUUUACUAUUUAGUUAAACUUAUAAAAACCUUAUAAUAAAAUUUAUAAUAAUUUAAAUUGUUUUCAUUACCAUUACUGAAUAAAAUAAAUAGAUUCACCAAAUUUUUUGUUGAAAAAAAAUUUGAUGAUAUUUUUUGUAAACUUUAAAAAAUUGUUGAAACUUAGUAAAUAUUUUCUAUUUAAUAUUUGUCACACUUUUCAUUACUUUUCUAAUAAUUUUCUAUUGGUCAAUUCCAUCUUUGAUGCAUGUAAUAAAAAUACUUUUUAUAUUUUAUAUCACCAAUAGUAGACUUAUCUCUACAUUAUAAAAUUAAGUGAAAGACCUGCUCUCUCUCUUAUCAAGUUUUUCUAUUAUUUAGAUUUUUUUUUUCAAUAUUUUCUUUUAAACCUCAUUUUAAUUAAAAUGUGAUCUUUUGUACUCAAUCCCAUUUACAAACCUCUUAAGAGGUAAGAGUACAUACAUAUUUACCUUAAAGUGAACCAUAGUAGAUAACUAAAUAAUCUCACAUUUCAUAUUAUGUAUGUAUGUAAUACAAUAAAACUAAUUAAAAUUAAACUAAACAUAAAUUUGUACAAACAUUUUGUAGUUCAGAUAAUUGACACUCCACUGUAGUCUUAAAAUAAUAACAUUUUAAUAAUGAAUUAUUAAUUUAAUAGUAUUGAAGCACUAACAAAAUUAAAAUCUUAUUAUUUUAUAAUGGUUCUUUACAGAAAUAAUAUUAAUAUAUGAAUUUAUUACAUUUUUAAACAAUUCUACCAUGUCUAGAAUUAUAUGUUUUAAUAUAAUUAUGUAUUAUUUAAUAUUAUAUAUUUUUUUUUACAGCCCUUCAUGAAAAAUAAAAAGAACUUAGAAAAUUGAACAGACCAGCCUAUUUAUAUAUUAAAUGUAUUACGACUAAAACAUAAUAAAUACAAUUAUACAGUUAGUGUUUUUAAUAUAAUUAUGUAUUAUGUAAUAUAUUUAAAUAAAUAAUAAAAUAAAUUAUAUAUUACAUUUCAUUUAUGUGUAUAUAUAUAUUAUGUUACAUCCCAUCUGCAUCUCAAU